UAUGGCGACGAAUGCUAGUGACACUUAGCAGCCAGAACUUAAUUACUCUGUAGGUGUCGUUAGACCUGAAAGAGGAUUUGCGUUUUAAUCGCUUUGUUUAAAGACGAGACUGCCAAUCAGAAUGGAGGAGGUGGAUUUAUCUGACGAGAUGUCCUAUGACAACAUUAUUGUCUAUUCGGUGCUUUACUCCAGUGUCACGGUGGUUUUCGCUAUGGCAGUUUUAUCAAAAUUUUUAACAAAUGAAUUUAGAUUUGGUUUUAGAUCUGUUUUGAGUUUGGUUGUUCUGUUUUUGGGUGAACCGUUAUGUCAGUUUCUUGUUAAAGGGCCUGGAGGUGUUGUUACGUUUGCCUUGGGAUGUUUAUUUGUUUAUUCCAUUUUGCCUGCAAGUCAUUUACCUGUUGGCAACAAAGCUGUACUCAUUACAGGUUGUGACAGUGGGUUUGGCCAUGCCCUGGUACAGAAAUUGAGCAGUAUAGGGAUGGUGGUUUUUGCUGGUUGUCUAGACAGCAUGGGACCAGGUGCUGUUGAGCUUCGAAAUAAAUGUACACAGAAUGUACACAUUUUACAGCUGGAUGUUACAAACAAGAAAGAUAUUGCUGCAGUCAAAGAAUAUGUACGGGGACAUGUUGCUGAAGAAGGUCUGUGGGGAAUUGUUAAUAAUUCUGGCGUGUGGUAUUUUGCUGAGUUAGAGAUGACAUCCGAGAAAGUUGUUCAACGUGUCAUGGACAUCAAUCUUUUUGGUGCUAUAAACGUGACCAAGUCGUUACUCCCACUUGUUAGACAAGCCAAAGGCAGAAUAGUCAAUGUCUCAAGUUUGUUAGGUCGAAUAGCAAUGGAAGGUAAUGGUGCAUACAGCAUGUCGAAAUACGCCCUUGUUGCUUAUACAGACACUCUGCGCCAAGAGAUGAAGAAAUGGGGAGUGAUUGUGUCCAUAAUAGAACCAACAGGAUUUUUUACAGGAAAUAUGAGCGAGCAAGUGAUCAAGAGUCGUAAGCAGGAGAUUUGGGACACAAUGGACGAAGAGUCGCGGGAGACCUACGGAAAAGACUAUCUUGAUAAUAUUUAUUCUCACAUACUGAACUCCACCCAGAGGUACCCCCGUGACCUGACCCCAGUAAUCCGGUGUAUGCGCAGCAGUCUGUUAUCAAAACGUCCGAGAGAGCGGUACCCGUGUGGCACCGGCGCAGACCUCAUGAUGAAUGUUUAUCCACUCCUACCAAUAUGGCUGGCAGACAGCGUAUCAAGUGCUAUUGGCAUUCUGCCUAAAAUAUACAAACCCGCACUUUUAUCAAAUCAGCAGUGAUUUUUGUUUUUUAUUACAUGCUGUGGAUAUUGUAUUUUUUGUUUUGUGACAUUAACCUAUGUAAACAUUUGAGUCUGAACAUUUUAAUGUGUGCGAUGGAAAUAUAUCAGUAUGUAAUAAGUAAAUGUUUCGGUACAUGUGUAUGUGCUAUGUAAACAUUUCAGUGUUUAUUACUUAAUUGUUUCAGGAUGUGCUACAUGUAUAUUUACAUUUUAGUAAGUACUAUGUAAACAUUUCAGUAUGUGCUAUGUAAACAUUGUAGUAUGUGCAAUGGAAACAUUGCAGUAUGUGCCAUGGAAACAUUUCAGUGUUUGCUAUGUAAAUUAGGUUCAGCCCUAUGUAAAUGUUUUGGCAUUGGCUAGUUCAUUUAUGUUUUUAAACUGUUUGAUGUGUAAUGAAUACACAAAGCAUUAGAUGCACAGAAACAGUCCUGUUCUCUUUUUAUCAUUGCAAUUCCAAGUCAUAUAUUUAUAGUUCAUUUGUGUUAAAAGGAGACCAAUGAAUUGCCAUGUUACGCUAAAAUGGAUAAAGCUAAACCUCACAUCAAAACGUGUUAUGAAGUUUUAAGCCCUAAGCAACUGACAUAACAUUGUCUUUUACUCUUUUCAAUGUUUAUGCUGACUGAUAAUUAAUCCAUGGUAAAUGGUGGUUUAAUGUGGAUCAUACAGGGAUUUAAAUAGUGUUAAAACAACACAAGUUAUUUUUGACCCAGGGUAAAAUAUAUCUAAUUUUAGAAGACACAGUAGGUACCAGUAUUUACAUUUUUAUAACUGAUGCAUUGUCUGGUCAUGUGGUUGUCUUUCUAAUUUUAUGUUCAUAUUCUGUGUUCUUAAUUAUUUACUUUUAUUUCAGACAUUUCUUUAAUUUAAUAUGAAAAAGCUAUUAUAUAUUUUUCUCCUAAUUGUGCUAGGAGCUUACAUUUACUGGUACAUUAUCUUGGAAAAUUGUGUGUUUAGGUUACUGCUUUAUUCUCUUAUUUUUGUGAAUGAAAUGUAGUUGGUUUUCUUCUUCCAGUGUAAAGCCAACAGGUUGCCUUAUUUAGAUCAGAUCGGUUACUGUUCUAUUUAUACCUAUUGGCAAGAUCUUUAUUAUAUGUUUUUUCUUUUAUUAUUUUAAUUUUUUUUUGGCAACAGAAAGCAUUUUUGUAUUCAGCUAGAUGGGCAUUAACUCUGUAUUAAUUAAUUAAAUUUUGUUUUAAAAGUGUGUUUGAAUGUUCAGCAUGUUCCAAGUACAAAGUAAAGCCACUAGAGUGUGGUUUGUUUUGGUCCACUGUAAUAUAUAUACUAGUAUAUUAUAAUGUCAUUAUAACCUGCAAGUCAUGUGUAAUCUGAAAUAGGUCUCCUUUGUUUUGGUUGUAUUUUUGUGUCAUUUUGAUAUGUGAUUAGUGUUGUGAAUAUUUAUUGUUUUAUUGUAUAGUUAUUUUAUUUCUACAUACACAUUUAUUUACAACUGGUGCACUAUUUGUUUUAUAUAAUCUUUCAUUCCUAUUCAGCUUACAAACUUAUACUUGGCUUUCAUUACAUAACUUACUUUUAUCACUGUAUUAAUUACAUCAUCACACUGGUGCAUUUUUUCCAAGUUCUUUCAUAACAUUAAUUUUGAUGAAAAAUGGGACCAUGCACUAAAUGAACAAUUUUAAUAUUUUAAUGUGUUUUAGAAGCUUUUUAAAAAAUGACUGCCCUGGCAGAAAAUAGACACUGGUGCUGUGAAAUUCAGAUAUUACCAGAGUAAUAUACGUAUUGCCAGUCAUUUUAUUCAUAUAUGUCAAAGUAUAAUAUCAACAUAGGGGCCAUUCAUCAAUUGUGUAACACAAAAUUUACCUCCCCUCUUGUAACAUUUUGUAAUGCCUAGAUGACUCCCUCUCUAAAAUUGCCUAACACUCGAAAAUACCCCCACUUUGCUGUUAUGUUGUUGUAAUGUGACCAGUAUUAGUGAAUUUUAUGUUUGUUUGGUUUAUUUGGUAAUAAUGCUUCAUAGAAAAUUAUUUGUUAAAAAAACAAAAAACAAUGUCAUUGACUAGCUAUAUUUUACAUCGUAAACAAAAAGCAGACAUACGUUUUGAAAAUGUUACAUAGCUCUUUGACAAACCACCCUCUCUCAUAACCUUUCGUUAUGCAUUUCUUGAUCCUUGCUACGACCUUCCCCUACAGUGUUAGGUAAUAUUUCAAAUCAUUCCACAUUUGGAAAAUAAUUUUCAGUCGAACAGGACAAAUAACAGUGGUACAACUGAUUUAAGACUGCAUGACAAACAUACAGUAUAUAAAACAGGUGUGAAAUUGGGAUGAGGGUCUGAGUAAAUGCACCCAUCAACUUAAGUUUUGUUUGAAAACGUUACUUUUCACUUCAUAAAAAUGCAUCAACAGCACUUUUUGCAGCACAGAAAAACAAAAAGAAAUUGUUACAUGACCGAGCCCCACUCCUAGUCGAGCCCUAGAUAUAUUCCUGUUAAAUGUACAUGUGAUUCACAUGCAACACAUGCACAACACACACACACACUCUGCAAACACUUUCACUUUCAUGAUUAACACACAAUCGAGUGUUGCCAUGACGGUUGACUAAAUUUUCUUUAUUGCAAAGGUAUCUCCACAAACAUUUUGUUAUAUGUCUGUUGCUAGUCAAUUUUUAUGAUAAUUGAUCUCUCUGCCCCACCCUACCCCAGCAAAAAACACACUUUAAAAGCAGCUAUAUGCUCACAUGUUCAAAUGUAAACAUUGUGUUUUGUCCUAGGUCUUGGAUGUGAGUGGGCAGGAUAAUGAACAUGAUGCAUUGCUCCCCACAUUUAAAUUUGAUGUAUUACUACCCCAUCCACACUUGUUUCCAUAAUAAAGUUAAGGUUUGUUUUAUUUAACAACACCACUAGAGCACGUUGGUUUAUUAAUAAUUGGAUGUCAAACAUCUAUAGCUACAGUUUUCCAUUAAUAGCAAGGUAUCUUUUAUAUGCACCAUCCCAUAGACAGGAUUGCACGUACUAUGACCAUUAAUAUACCAGUCGUGGUGCACUGGCUGGAACAAGAAAAAUCCCAAUGGGCGCAAUGACAGGGAUAAAUCCUAUACGGACUGCGCAUUUGGCGAGUGAUCCACCACUGGGCUAUGCCGCAUCCCUACUGCCAUAAUAAUUCCAACACCUACCAUUGAUGCCACAUUUGUUACUUUUCGUAUUUUGCUUUUUAAACAACGCUGUAUCUUCCUUACAGCUUGUUUGUUGAAUGUAAUAAACAGUGUAAAGAC